UCCGAGGCCACCUCGCAAUGAAAUAUCAUCCUGUGACUCCCUCCCCGGAACUCGCUUUUUUCUUUCCCUCUCUCUCCCCUUCUCCUCCCAUCCAGCCUGAGGCAAUCUCGCUAGAGCAAUCUCGCUAGGAAUCCCACCUGCUGCUAUCCAUCCCCCUUUCCCCGUCUUCGCCGUGAGGACCUCUUUCGCUCGCUCUGCGCCCCAUCUCUUCAUCGCCAUCCCCGAGCUAGGCGUCGCCAUCCAAAGCGUCCUGGCGCGCACCGCUCUUCCUCUCCUCCCACUCACUCCCGUUCUCUCCCCAGCCUUGACGGCUGGCCAUCCCCACUGCCAAAACUUCUCCACGCGACUACCCGCUCCCGUACCAUCCCCGUUAGAGCCCCUGAUUUUCGAAGUUGGCGAUAACGAAUACCCGGGGCCACCAGGGAAACCCGGUGCUUGCCACCAAGCUACUCCCGCUCGCCUGAGGCUGCUCAACUAGGAACGCCUCCUACCUGCAUCUCAACAGUCCUGCCGAUAGCUGUGCUGGGCGAUAUCGCCACGCCGUGCCAAGCAUGCCUCAGAACAAUUCCUUGAUGGGCUUCUCCGUCCACCAGCCGGCAAUUGGCAAGUCGCUGCAGUUUUUUCCUGCCCUCGGUUCCAAGCAGCUCGAUGAGAUGAUCGACGCCUACGUUCCUGGCGAUGCUUCUAUCUCCGAAAAGCGCGCUGCUGUGUCCUUGGAGUUCUUUGAGCACACCCUCGCGACUGGAGAGCUGUUCAAGUUCUUCAUGGUCUACCCUGCUCUUGGCUCUACUACCGAAUCUCCGGUCGACUCCAUGGUCGACUCCGGCUACGCCUCCAACUUCACGUCGCCUAUUAUGUCCGAGAGACAGUGGACCCAGAGCAGCCACUGUUCUCCUUCCUUGAGCGAAUCUAGCGCCCGAAGAUCCUCGUAUAAGAAGGCCGCUUCCCCCACGGACUUCUCCCACAUACCCGGAAUGAAGAUCCUGACUAGAGAUGGAAGGGAUGUCACCAAUUCGGCGUCGCGCGGCUGCAAGACCAAGGAGCAGCGUGACCAUGCCCACCUAAUGCGAAUCAUCAAGGCCUGCGAAUCUUGCAGGAAGAAAAAGGUGCGCUGCGACCCCAGCCACAAGAGGUUGGCAGGCACUUCUGUGGCGAAGACAGCAAAGAAGGCGAAGAAGCCGGCGGCUGUAUCAGCACCACCUCCAGCGCCAUCACAAUUGGAGUUGGGCACGUCCCUGUAUGCUCCGUCCGACUCCGCUCCUCCCAUUGACCUGUCAUUAUUAUCUUCUUCCUUUGAUUAUCUCACCCCCGAGCCACUAGGCGACGGCAGCAUCGACUGGGAUGAAUUCAUCUACUACGAGGAGCCAAUGGACACAAUCCCGUACGACUACAACAUCUUCCACCCUACCAACUACCUUUCACCCGCCUCUUACAACUCGUUCUUGUCAUCCCAGCCAAUCACACCCAACUCGGCCUCUAGCGCCAAGGCCGCAGAGGGAAGCGCCGGUGGAACAGCAACUCAGGACCUGCUCCCACCUUACCUCCAACCAGGGGGUGAAAUCGGCACCGAAUACGCCGACUUCAACCUCUAUUCACCUGGUUCUUCGACGUGUCUCGACGAUGAUCCUGGCCUGGCAAGAGAGGUUGCAGCGACAUCCCGCCUGGAAUAUUCUGCACACCAUUACCAUCAACAACCAAGCAACUAUUACCGACAGAGAUCUUCUCCACCCUCCGACGGCUCGCCUCUUUCCCGAUUCAUAGCAGACGUACCGGCCGGCCACAUCUUGCGGGAGGAAACAUAUUCGCCGACGAAUCUGAACUCUCCCCAACGCCUCCAGAUUUCGGAUCGCCAAGCAAGCCAGAUCUCCUCCGAUAUGCCAUACGGAGAUAGCAGACUGACUAGACGCAUCGGAGGGGCCAAGAGGCUCGCAACCGUCGUCGACGAACCACCUUGGAUCCGGCCUUGCCCUAUCCAACCAACAAAUCCCACGUACCCCAGCAACCACUGCCGGUGCAAACAAUACAUCGGCAUCAAGUCUAGGUUCAAGUCUAGAUCGGGCGAGGGGUAG